CUGUGUGGGACAGGCUGGCCUCGAAUUCAUGGUAAUCCUCCUGCCUCAGCCUCCAAAGCGCUGUGAUUACAGGCGUGCCCCACUACAUCCCGCUGGGAUUGGAUUAGAUUUGGAGGGGGUCUUUGGCCGCAGGGGAACGGAUUUGCUCUAUCUUGUCUGCAACCAGGCAUCCUGCACCCGGUUGGUGACCCAGGGAGGCUGACCCGCCAACCCCUCUUCACCCGGAGGACGCCGGCGGCUGGACAUGGGAGCCCGGCCCUCACGACAACGGACGGCCGAAGCUCCGCGCGUGGCUCUGGCCGCGCCCCCGGAGCUGCUGGUGCAGGUGCUGAGCUACCCGCCUCCCCGCGCGUUAGUGACGCAGUGCCGGCCGGUGUGCCGCGCCUGGCGCGACGUGGUGGACGGCCCGAGCGUGUGGCUGCUGCAGCUGGCCCGCGACUGCAGCGCGGAGGGCAGAGCCCUCGACGCUUCGGCCCAGCGCUGCCCCGCUGACGGCGACCGCCACGACGAGCUCGCGUUCCGUGCUCCUGCCCGCUUCUACCUGCGCGCGCCGCUCGGCGGCCGCAACCUCAUCUUCAACCCCAGCGGAGAGCCUGGGUCCCGGGGGCAGGGCCUAACGCAGGGUUUCAGAGGCUGGCAAGUGGAGCACGGAGGGAACGGCUGGGCUGUGGCAAAGAAUUUGACAGUGGUGCCAGGGGCUCCUUCCCAGACCUGCUUCGUGACUUCUUUUGAAUGGUGCUUCAAGAGGCAGCUCGCAGACCUGGUGAUGGAAGGAGUUGCGGCGGGAGCCGCUGGACAGCGCCAGGUUGAGAUCUGCGUAGCUGACUGGUGGGGCGCCCGCCGGAACUGCCCCUGCAUCUACAGGCUUCGGGUCCGCCUGCUGGAUGAAUAUGAAAACGAAGUCGUCAAGUUCUCGGCCUCGCCCAACCCAGUCCUUCAGUGGACUGAGAGCAGCUGCCGCCAAGUCUCUCACGUCUUCGCUGACUUUGGCAAGGGCAUCCGAUACAUGUCUUUUGAGCAGUAUGGAAGAGACAUGCGUUCCUGGGUGGGACACUACGGUGCCCUUGUGACCCACUCCAGUGUGCGGGUCAGGAUCCGUCUGUUCUAGCUGAUCAGCCCGUCAGGACUUCCAGGACACACUGCCUCCUCCUGGAUGGUGUUAAUGUCAAAGGUGGCUUUGCAGCCCUGCUGGACGAUACCUGGGGACAAAGGGAGGCUCCUGUGUGGCUCCCUACACACCUGCACUUCAGCAUCAUGGCCCUUCUGCUGUGACAAACCAGGGACCUCACCAGCUUCUCUAUAGUCCUCUCUCCAAGCAGGGACCACCACAAAGUGACACAGACAUGUCUAAGCCUGGGAACUGCUUCAUAUAUGGAUGUCGGUGGGUAAACUGUGUCAAAACAAAAAUCCAAACAAAUAAGCAAAGACAGGCCAAGCCAGACCUGAUGGCACACUUCUAAUCCCAGCAUUUUAGACAGAGGCAGGAGGGUCCAUGUCAUCCUCAGAUGUAUACCGAGUUCCAGGCCUGCCUGGGUUACAGUGAGACCCUGUCAGAAAACAAGACACCCAACAGGCCAAGCUCAGAACUGUAACAAAAGAAGGCAGCUUACAAGGAGGGUUUGUUAAAACCAGAUUUAUUUUAAUUGUGUGUCAGUGUGUUGGUACGUGCAUGUCAGUGCAGGAAUCCGCAGAGGGUGCUGGGAACUGAACCUGAGUGCUUGGAAAGAGGCAGUCACAAUGAUCCUAGUUUCUGUAGACCAGUGGUUCUCAACCUUCUAAUGCCGCAAUCCUGUAAUACCGUUCUUCAUGUUGUGGUGACCCUGACCACAAAAGUGUUUCUUUGCCACUUCAGAACGUGUAAUUUUGCUGUUAUGAAUCAUAAUGUAAACAUC